AUGUCCCAAAAACUUCAUUUGCAAGGAAUUACAGACAAUGUCAAACUGGCAAGAGAACAUGCCCUUCUUGGUAAUUACUCAGUCUCUCUCGCUUACUAUGAUGGAAUAUCGGAUCAGAUUGAUUCAUAUUUGAACGACAAUCCUCUCGGAAUUGAUUCCAAAACUCAAUGGUCUCAGCUCAAACAAAGGCUAAAACAAGAAUAUCAAAUUAUACAACACAUUCAAAACGAACUGAACACAUUUAGCAAUGGGUUAUCUCAAGGAAAUAGCCAAAGUGGGGGCAACAGCUCUCGGAUGAAACCCAUCGCUAAAUUCUUCGAAGACCCAACUGAAAAAUCAUCGGGCGGAGGUUGUGCAUUUGUUGUAAACACCGUUGCCAAUAACCCACCACCAGUGUAUGACGAUGGUCCAUUUGGUUCUAGAGCUAAAACUCCAAGUGCCAAUCAACAAAACAUUUCACCUCAAGAUAAUUACGAUCCGGAUGUAUGGCUUCCUCCAACUCCAGUACAAGGUGUCAGCAAACCCAAGAGAUUGCAGUCAAAUAACGUGGAAAAGAAAGUGGUACCUUCUAAACCCGUUAAUAACAGAAAACUAAACGCAAAGUUAUUAGGAAAUCAGUAUUCCAAAGAUAACAAACAAAAGCCACCGGUUCCAAGCGUUGCAUCAAAAAAAUCAAAGGUAGACGACAAGGAUAACAUGUCCAUUGAUGAAGAGCAAGUACCUAUUGCUGGAGAUGAAAGACCCAAGUUCUCUCCAGCUUGCUCCUCAGAUAAAGACCUUGUAGAAAUUAUUGAAAGAGAAAUUUUAGAUAAGCAAUGUAAUACACAUUGGAGUGACAUUGCAGGUUUGGAUCAAGCGAAAGGAUUAUUGGAAGAGGCAGCUGUUCUUCCAAUCAUGAUGCCAGAAUUCUUUAAUGGUAUACGAUCGCCCUAUAAGGGCAUCCUUUUAUUUGGCCCACCCGGAACAGGAAAGACCAUGUUAGCAAAAGCUGUUGCCACUGAAUGUAAAACCACUUUUUUCUGCGUUUCAGUUUCAGCCUUAACCUCAAAAUGGAGAGGUGAAUCUGAGAAAUUAAUUAAGUUAUUAUUUGAAAUGGCAAGAUUUUAUGCCCCAAGUACGAUAUUUAUUGACGAAAUUGACGCUUUGGGAAGCAAGCGAUCGGAAGGAGAGCACGAAGCAAGUAGACGAGUAAAAACCGAGUUGCUGGUUCAAAUGGAUGGUGUAAAUAAUGACAGUAACACAACCGAAGACGCCAAAAAGAAGAUGGUACUUGUGCUUGGUGCUACAAACCAUCCUUGGGAGCUUGAUGACGCCUUAAGAAGAAGACUAGAAAAGAGAAUUCACAUUCCAUUGCCUGACCUUGAAGGACGAAGAUUAAUUUUCAAAUUGUAUCUUGAAAAAUUAAUAUUGGCCGAUGACGUGGAUGUGGAAGAACUUUCAAAAUUGACAGAAGGGUACAGUCCUGCAGAUAUUAAGUUAAUUUGCAGAGAUGCAGCAAUGAUGGUUCUUAGAAAAGCCAUAGAAAACCUUGGCAAAACUGAAAUAAUUUCCAAACAAGGUGAGAUCAAAAAUCAACCAAUUACAAUGAGCCACUUCUUAGAGACCUUGAAGAACGUGAGCUCUUCAGUUGGAACUGCAGAAUUAGACAGAUACAAAAAGUGGAUGGAAGAGUAUGGAUCCAAAUAA